CUCUCCCUUUGCUUCUCUUCGAAAUGAUUCCCCUCAGGCAUUCAGCCAAGAUGAGAGGGGUCUCAGGGUUUACUAUCCUCUUGAGCUGUAAGAACCUACGCCAUUCGGUCUCAAUCUGUGAGGUAUACCUCGGAAACGCCUUGAGUUGACAUAUGGGAGUAAUCUCUCAUUCCAUAUCUCCCUUGACCAUUUCCUACAAGUUUGUUGCAUUGUUCGCUCACAUUUACACUGCCCUGAUACAGCCCAUUCACGUCGAUUACUGAUCCCUAGACAUUAACCUCCAGUCAAGUCUUGUGCUGUCAAUGCUCGAUGCUCGUUAGAGUCUUUGCCAACACUCGAUUUCUCCGACCAAAAUAUCCUAGAAGAAUAUCUCAAUCAAGACCCAUUGUUUCGCGACAUUUCCACACUGCAACACUCGUCAAUAUGGAGUAUGACAAAUCAACCGUCCAGUCCAUCCCAAAUCCAUCCACCACCGCCUCCGACAAGUCUGACUUUCGCGGUCACGCUCGUGUUCCUGGUGAGGUUGUCGAUACAUCGGUGCUCAAUGAACCCAUCACCCUGCCCUUCUCCGGCCGCAUUGCCAAGAAUCGCUUUCUCAAGGCUCCUAUGACCGAACGUCUCUGUCAGUGGAAUGCUGAAGGCGAAGAUAUUUCAAACAGGGGAGUACCGACCCCAGAAUACUUGCAUUUGUAUAAGCGAUGGGGAGAAGGUAACAUCGGCAUUAUCGUCUCGGGAAAUACUAUGGUCCGUUAUGACGCUGUUGAAGCAUACGGGAAUCCAAUUCUGGUCGAUGACCAUGAUGGUCGUGUCGCCAAAUUCCGAGAGGUCACUACCGCAGCCAAAGCCCAUGGGUCUUUGAUUGUUGCUCAACUCUCCCAUCCCGGUCGACAGGGCUCCAAAUACCUCAACCCGAACCCCGUCAGCGCGAGUGAUAUCCAGCUAGAGAUCAAAUGGGCAGGUAACGAAUUUGCCAAACCGAGGCCAUUGGAAAAACAUGAAAUCAAGGACAUGGUAAAGAGCUGGGGUGAAACUGCCUACCUGUGCUAUCAAGCUGGGUUCGAUGGCGUUCAAGUGCAUUGCGCCCACGGCUACCUCUUAGCCCAGUUCCUGUCUCCCACAACCAAUCGUCGAACGGAUGAAUACGGCGGUGAAAGCCUCACCAACCGCUCCCGCAUCGUCUUUGAAAUCAUCGACGAAAUUCACCGUCGUGUGCCUGACCCCAGCUUCAUCGUCUGCGUUAAACUUAAUUCUGUCGAGUUUCAAGACAGAGGCACCACCACUGAAGACGCCCGCGACCUCUGCCUUGCACUCGAAAAAGCCCGCGUCGAUUUUGUGGACCUUUCGGGAGGCACCUUUGAGGGUCGCGCAUUCGAACAUAAAAAGGAGUCAACUCGUAAACGUGAGGCAUACUUCAUCGAGUUCGCUGAGAUGAUCCGCCCAUUACUCAAACAGACACGUGUCUAUGUCACUGGGGGGUUACGCACUGCGAGUGGAAUGGUCAAAGCAGUCCAGGAUGGCGCGACCGACGGAAUUGGCAUUGGACGUCCACUUGCCGCUGAGCCCUUCCUGUGUAAGGAAUUGAUUGAGGGCAAGGUGUCUAGCGCAAUUGAAAACUUCAUGCCUCUUCCCUUGAACACACAGGCAAGUGGGACUCAGUUGCAUCAGAUUGGACUUGGUCACGAGAGCAUUAGUGAUUGGAGCGUGGAAGCCGAGGUCAAAAGGUGGACUGAAGCUAACGAGGCCGAGACCAAACGGAAGAUGGAUAUAUUGCCCAAGGUCGACAGUUCAGGGUACCCGUCCUUGACGGCUCAUAGUGGAUUCAGAUAUCUGAUGGCGUGA